AUGGAUGAAAAUAAAACAAAAAAUAAAAUAAAAGUUUUAAAUGUUUUUCAAAAUGAAGAAUUAAUAAAAAAUAAAGAAAAAUCCCAUCACUUUAACAAAUUUGAAUUUGAGAAGGGAAUAAUUCUUAAUGCCAUCGUGUCCACACCAUCGAAUAAAAACCUCAAAAUAGACGAAAAAAAAGAAAAGGAAAAAAAAAAUUGCAUAAUAUUUCGUGAGCAAUGUGAAUAUUGUCUAACAGAUUUUUCUAUAAGCGGUCAUUUGAUCCUAACAAAAGAAUCUUUAUUAUUUGAACCCGAUUUAAGAGAUAAGAAUGUAAUAACAGAUGGCUUGGGUACCUAUCAAAUAUUUAUAGAUUUAUAUGAUAUUUAUGAAUGUGCUCAUAUUGUAGUUCCAACUAAAGAUACUUAUCUAUGUAAUAAUGAAGAUACUUGUGGAUUUAUACAAGUAUUAUUAAAAAGUAUAUAUACAAGAAUAUGUGAUGAUCCAUCUCAUAAAAAAGGUAAUCUAAUAUCAAAUUAUGCAACUAAUGAUUGCAAUGAUAAUUCAACUAAUAAUAAUAAUAAUAAUAAUAAUUGUUAUAAUGAUGAAAAUAAACAAAAGAGUAUUUCAUAUUAUAAAUAUAUAAGUAAGAGCUUGUCUUAUGUCUUUAAUUUAGCUCAACCACUUGUUACAACUAGUUUAACAUACAAAGAAAAUAAAAAUGAUAAAGCACAAAAUGCAGAAGAUAUAUCUGAUUUCUCAUUUAAAGAAAGUAGUACAAAUAAUAUUAGUGCUACACAAAAUAAUGUAAAUAAUGCAACAAAUAAAUAUAACACUACAAUAUGUGAUGAUGCAAAAAAUGAUAAUAUCAAUAAUAGUGUUUUAAAGAAUAAUGAACAGAAACUUAAUAAUAUGAUUUCCUUUGAUAUGUCGACAUCAAAUAAUAAUAAUCAUAAUAAUAAUAAUAAUAAUAAUCACAAUAAUAAUGAUAAUAUUGUUGAUCAUUUACAUGAUAGUGAUUUAAAAAUUUAUCAGAAAAUAAAUGAAAUUAAUUAUAGUACUGUUAUUUCCUCCUACCCUGAUAUUACUUAUAAAAAUAGUUUAAAUUUAGUUAGCUCUCAAUCAUCUUUGAAGGAUGACCUUUCUAGUGAUUGUGACAAGAAGAAUAAUCAUCAAUAUAAAAACAAAAGGGGAAAACAAAUUUUAAAGGAAAGCAAGGGAUCCUUCACUUUCUCAAGUGAUUCUAAUAAUAAUUUUUUAAGUGAUACAACUCAAAAUGUGAAACAAAUAAAUGAAUAUGAUCAUAAUAGACAUAAAUCCUCAUUUGACACAACCAAAGAAUGUAACACACAUAAUACUACUUAUAUGAAUGAGAAUAAAAUAAAUAAUGAAUGUAAUAUAAACAAUAAGGAUAAUAAUAAUAAUAAUAUAUAUAUAGAUGAAAAUAUUAAAGAAAAUAAUAAAAAUAAUUUGUUAAAUGAUAAUAUAUCUAAAAAUGAAAUGAAAGAAAAAAAAUGCAUAGAUGAUAUAAAAAGAGAAGAAACUACAUAUUCUUUAUAUGAUCAAAAUGAUUCAUAUUCUAAAACAUUAAAAAAUAUUUCUUUUGAACUUGACAAUGAAGAAAGACAUGAUAAAUUAAAUAGUUCAUAUAAUAAUAAUAAUAAUAAUAAUAAGGAUAAUUUGUUAACAACAAUUACAAAUGAACACAACGAAUUAACAAAAAAACCACAUAAGAAAUAUGAAGAAAAAAGUUUUAUACUCUUCAGAUUUUUUAAUAAUAAUAAAGCUUAUGAAACUACUACAAAAAUUAUUAAAGAAAUUGAUGAAGUUAGGAAUUCUAAAAAUAAAAUAAAAAAAACAAUAACAUCAGUUCCAUUUACAUCUAAUGAAUUAUUAAGAUCUAUUAUAGAAAAAUCAUUGAUAGAAAAUAAUAAUAAAAAUGUUCCAAAGAAAAGUUCAUUGAAUGAUAUAAAUGAUUUAAAAUAUCUAGCUUUGAUACCUAAGUUAGAAUAUAUAAAUGGAGCUGUUAAAUUAUUAAAUAAAGAGAUGACAAAACAAAUUAAUUAUUAUUUACCACCUACCUUAAGUAUUAAAAUAUGGAAACUAGCUUUCUGUUCUAGUAUCCAUGGUGUUUCUUUUAAAACAUUAUAUAGAAGUGUAUAUAAUAAAGGUAGUGUUAUUUUAUUAAUAUAUGAUAUGAAUAAUGUUCUUUUUGGUUAUUUCCUAAAUAAAUUACAUUGUGAUAAUUGUUAUUAUGGAUCUGGAGAAAAUUUUUUAUUUACUUUUAAAAAUAAUAAGUUAUUAAACAAUAACAAUAAUAAUACAAGAUAUAAAAGUAUAGACACUUCAUAUGAAUCGUUUUCUAAACCUAUAUUAGACCAUAUAGAAAAAAAAAAAAAACAAGAUAAUCUAUCUACAAAAAAUUAUUUUACACAGUCUAAUAUGUCUUCACAAGAUAAAUUAAUAGUACCUUUUGAUCAUAAUGAUGAGUGUUCAAAUAAAAAUGAUUCUAAAAUACAACAUGAUGAUAGUACAUCCAAAUCUGUGCAACAUACUAAAACGUUAAAUCAUGUAGAUAUGUUGGAUGAUGAAUUCUCUAAAAAAAAUCAUAACUAUAGUGAUAAUACAUUGAACGAUGAAAAAAGUAACUGUUCAGAUUUACAUAGUAAUAAUAAUAAUAAUAAUAAUAUGUAUGAUAAAAAUAUGUCUAGUAAUGAUAGUUGUAUAUUUAACACAAUUAAUAAUAUUAAGAAAAAAACAUCAGUAUCAUCAACAAAUGAUAAUCACAAUAAUAAUAAUGAGAAUGAUAAUAUAUCCAUUCAAGUAUAUGCGUGGACAACCAAAAAUAAUUAUUUUGUAUAUUCAGAUGAAAAAUCUAUUACAAUUGGAGGGGGAGAUAAUUACGCCCUUGUUAUUAAUGAAGAUCUAUGUAAAGGACAAACAAAUAAAAGUAAAACAUAUGAUAAUGAUUUAUUAACAUAUGAUGAAGAAUUUGAAAUUCAAUUUUUACAAUUAUGGGUAUUUGAUGAUUGUUAA